AUGUGCUCUGGCUCGUUAGGUUUAUCCGUCCUGCUCCUGAACAUAAUGCUUGAUAAAUCCUCCUCCUGUUUGACCAGCCCGUAUCACCCAGGCAGGCCUGUUGGGCGCGCUAAUUGUCCAGAUGUUGUGCAUGACCGACUCUUUCAGCUGAUGCUCUUCGUCUGUCAAGUCACCUAUUCGGUCUGCCAGUGCCAAAAAGCCUACUUUGAAAUCAGGCCAAAAUCCGUUCCUGAGGCCUGGCUUGCACAAGCCAGCACGUUGUGA